CGCCUGAUAUAUUUGUCUCUAAAUAUAUCUUGAAGAAUGGGCGGUCCUAGUUUCGACGAUGCUCGAUGAUGCUGAGGCAAGGAUGUCAAAAAGAGAGGCUAUUUUAAUAAUACGGAAAUAAGAUAUAUAUUUUUUGUGGAUUAAAGCAUAACAAUAGAGUAAUGUGAAUAGAGAGGAAAAAGGAAAACCGUGAGAGGCAUUUUGAUGAACAGUGCGUCUUUGUCUAGAUUAAACCUCAGUAAUGCCAGCGAGAGACAGAAGACAACAGAGCUGUUUAUAUUUCUCCAUCCAACUGGUAAACGUAAUUUGAUGUCGAAUGGGCUUUUUGAGAAAAAAUAUUUCUGUCUAGCAGCUCUCUAAACAUCCGCAGCGGUGAUACAUUAUUUCAUAGUGGACACAGUGGAGGUUUGAUAAUUUAUUUGGAGUCAGGUUAUUCUGAGUAGACAUAAUUUGAUCCAAGAAGGCCUUGUGUAAAUGAUAGGAGAAAACGGAGGACAUCCGUGUUUAAAUGCAAACAUAGUGUGACUGCUUGGUCAUGAUGAUGCGAGAUGAGUAAGUCUUUAUCCACUUAUUUUCAAAGAUGACAUCAGUGUGAUGAUGAUGCAAUUUACUGAAAGCUGUCACUUUUAAUUUAAAGUUUAGCAUCCAGUCCAAAUGAUGGGAUUGUAAUUUCACCUAUUGUGGUUUGUUUAUGUAUCUAAAAAACUCGAAUGCAAGACAAACAUUGUUUCCAAUUCAGUUCUAACCAGGUCAUUACCCACACGUUUAUUUCUUAAACAAUUGAUCUGAGAUUGAUCAGGGCCUGCAACAAAUCCUCUUGGCCCUGUCAGUGAUAAUCGGUGGAUGCUCUUAUCUCUAACCGUUUUCCUCUGGAGACUCUAUCGAUACCUCUCCAUGUUCAGCUCCGAAAGACUCACGGUACCGGAAUAUGUCAGCCGGAUUGGGAACCGGAGAUCGGGCAGCUCUAGCUCAUCCUCGGAACCGAAAGCACCACCGGUCUCACCGGGUGUCCAUGGUGCCGACGUACAGGAUGUUUUGGACACCUCACUCCCGGCCCUGCGCUCUGCUAUCAAGACACUGAAAUCAGCCAAAGAUACCUCGGAUCUAGACGAGACCCGCAGGGCCAUCGCAGAGACGUUCCAGUUAGUAGAGGAGGCCUGGGUUCUGCCCACUGUGGGCAGGCAGGUCGCAGAGGAGAUAUGCAACAGGAUACGACUGGACGGAGGACUGGAGCUGCUCCUGCAACUCCUCAUGACACCUGCUGUGGAGAUCACCUAUGAGUCUGCCAAACUACUGGAGCAGAUACUGGUCUCUGAGAACAGGUGUGUAUUCACUUACAUGCACUUUUUCUGUUAUACAAAAUAUUGUCUUGGUCCUAACCUUUAGGGCCAGUUUCCAGGACCCACAUACAGUAAGUCUUAGUCUUUAUAAACCUAGUUAUAUACUCAUCUUUUUGUUUACCCUUUUCCCCUCUCUCUCUCUUCCUAUUCAGAGACUACGUGGCUCGCAUAGGUCUGGGGGUGAUCCUGAACCUGACGAGGGAGACCGAGGAUGCCCAGCUGGCCCGCAGUGUCUCAGGCAUCCUGGAGCACAUGUUCAAACACACCGAGGAGACGUCUGCCCAGCUCAUCGCCAACGGCGCCCUGGAUGCCCUGCUCUUCUGGUGCCGCGGUACCGACCCCACCGUCCUCCGCCACUGUGCCGUGGCGCUCGCCAACUGUGCCAUGUACGGCGGCCAUCGCUGCCAGCGGCUGAUGAUCGAGAAGCAGGCGGCAGAGUGGUUGUUUCCAUUGGCGUUCUCCAAAGAGGACGAGCUCAUCCGCUUCCAUGCGUGUUUAGCGGUGGCCGUGCUUGCCAAUAACCGGGAGAUUGAGAAGGAGGUGGGUCCUGUGUGGCUCAGUUAGUAGAGCAUGGAGCUUGUAAUGCCAGGGUGGUUGGUUCGAUUCCUGCUUGGGCCAACCAUACGGAAACAUGUAUGAAAACAUGUAUGCACUCUGGAUAAGAGCGUCUGCUAAAUGACUAAAAUGUUAUUUUUUUAAAUAUGCGCGUAAUGCUCUAAAUCGCCUUGGAUUAAAGCAUCUGUUAAACAUAUUAUUAUAGGUGGUGAAGUCGGGGACGUUGGAGCUGGUGGAGCCCUUUAUUGCAUCUCUGGACCCUGAUGAGUUUGCCCGGAGCUUGCUGGACAGUGCGGACAGCAUGCAGGGGAGGACGGCUGCAGACCUACAGCAGCUCCUGCCACUACUGGAUGGGGCCAGACUGGAGGGGAAGUGUAUCGCUGCCUUCUACCUGUGUGUCGAAACCAGCAUCAAGUCACGCCAGCGCAACACCAAGGUCAGUAUCAGGGAACAAAAGCACAACUGGUUCAACCUUGAUGAGCAGUUGAUUUGCUGAAUCAGAUGUGUUAGUGCUGGGCUGGAACAAAAGCUUGCACGCCCUCCCUGUAGCUCCCUGGUUGGUGACCACUAUACUUUAGUGCAGUGUUUCCCUAACUCGGCCCUCAGGACCCCAAGGGUGCACGUUUUGGUUUUGGCCAUAACACUACACAGCUGAUUCAAAUUAUCAAAGCUUGAUGAUUAGUUGAUUAAUUUAAUCAGAUGUGUAGUGCUAGGGCAAAAACCAAACCGUGCACCCCUUGGGGUCCCGAGGACCAAGUUUGGGUAACCCUGCUUUAGGGGUUAGUGGAUACAACCUUAUGGGGCCUAAAACUACUUAUGGUGCCCACUUCCUAACUAUAUAUCAAAUCAAAUCAAAUUGUAUUUGUCACAUGCUUCGUAAACAACAGGGGUAGACUAACAGUGAAAUGCUUACUUACGGGCCCUUCCCAACAAUGCAGAGAGAAAAAAUAGAAAAAUAAUAACACAAGGAAUAAAUACACAAUGAGUAACGAUAACUUGGCUAUAUACACAGGGUACCAGUACCGAGUCGAUGUGCAGGGGUACGAGGUAAUUGAGGUAGAUAUGUACAUAUAGGUAGGGGUAGUGACUAGACAACAGGAUAGAUAAUAAACAGUAGCAGCAACAUAUGUAAUCAGUCAAAAGAGUUAGUGCAAAAAGGUUAAAUGCAGAUAGUCCGGGUAGCUAUUUGGUUAACUAUUUAAUAAUCUUAUGGCUUGGGGGUAGAAGCUGUUCAAGGUUCUGUUGGUUCCAGACUUGGUGUAUCGGUACCGCUUGCCGUGCGGUAGCAGAGAGAACAGACUUGGGUGGCUGAAGUCUUUGAAAAUGUUUAGGGCCUUCCUCUGACAUCAUCUGGCAUAGAAGUCCUGGAUGGCAGGGAGCUCAACCCAAGUGAUGUACUGGACCGUACGCACUACCAUCUGUAGUGCCUUGCGGUCGGAUGCCAAGCAGUUACCAUACCAAGCGGUGAUGCAGCCAGUCAGGAUGCUCUCAAUGGUGCAGCUGUAGAACCUUUUGAGGAUCUGAGGGCCCAUGCCAAAUCUUUUCAGCCUGCUAAAAGGGAAGAGGCGUUGUCGUGCCUUCUUCAAGACUGUGUUGGUGUGUGUGGGCUAGGGUUGCACGAUAUUGGAAAUAACUGACAUUGCGAUAUUUUGUUUUUCUGCUAUAUAUAUUGCAAUAUGAAAAAAUACAGGAUGUAUGUAUGAUACUCUGGGAAAAAUGCAGUUUGCAAACAGCGACUUUUCAGGUGGAAGUCCUCAUUAAUAAAGUGUAUGGUCAGACUUAUGUAGGGCUCCGUUGUCCGGCUGGACCACAAGUCCGUUGUUGCUGUAUAAUAUUCCACUUGUGACAGCUCUGUUUCAACUUGUGCCUUGCAUUUCUCGUACAACUCUGGGAUGGCAACUUGAGAAAAAUAGUUGCGUGAUGGCAUUACAUACCGCUUGUCAAGCGACCCGAUCAUGUUUUUAAAACCCUCUUUGGUAACCGUAUUAAUUGGUACCAUGUCUUUGGCGACGUGAAAUGUUAUUGAAUCUGUGAUUUCUCUCUGCCGUUUGGAACCUUUCUCGUAUGGUGUAAUAUUGGCAAAGGCAUCCAAAAUAGAUUUUUGCUUUGGAGGGCAUUUAGAUGCUUUGCACUCGUCAUACGAAGAUUUAUGGUGCCGCGUUAAAUGAUCGAACAAUUUGGUCGUGUUGCCUCGUGUUGUGGCAACAAUUGCAAGGCACUCUCGACAAAGUACCUGUUUUUGGUCAACAUCAUACUGUCUGUAGCCGAAAUAUUUCCAUAUAAUUGAGGAUGCAUUUCUUUUUGCAACCAAAUUCUCAAUUUCGGUAUUUUUUGCCUGUUCCUCGCUCAUCAUUUCCUCACGCGCAAGCAGAGCCUGCAUGUCAACCACGUGCAGCAACGAACUCCGUGUUUAAAAUAAUAAUAAUAAUAAUAAACUGUGUAUCCAAUAACCCAUCAAUCUGAGUAAAUUACAUUAUAUCAGACAAAUAUAAUGCUAGUUUAUCAUUUAAAAAUAUAUAUAUAUUGGAGACUGAUAUAUGUUUACCUUACUAAAUCGCACGUUCUGCGAUGUGACUAUUGCGGAUGCAUACAUCACAAUGUCGAUGCUGAAACAAUAUAUCGUGCAGCCCUAGUGUGGACCAUGUUAAUUCUUUAGUGAUAUGGACACAAGGAACUUGAAGCUCUCGACCUGCUCCACUACAGCACCGAUGAUGUGGAUGGGGGUGUGCUCUGCCCUCCGUUUCCUGUAGUGCAUGAUCAGCUCCUUUGUCUUGCUGACGUUUAGGGAGAGGUUGUUUUCCUGGCACCACACUGCCAGGUCACUGACCUCCUCUCUAUAGGUGGUCUCAUCGUCGUCGGUGAUCAGGCCUACCACUGUCGUGUCAUCAGCAAACUUAAUGAAGGUGUUGGAGUCGUUCACAGCCACGCAGUCGUGGGUGAACAGGGAGUACAGGAGGGGACUAAGCACGCACCCCUGAGGGGCCCCUGUGUUGCGGGUCAGUGUGGCAUCCGGAACUGCUAGUGCUCUCAUGCAUGGUUCAGUGUUACUUGCCUCAAAGCGAGCAUAGAAGGCAUUUAGCUCGUCUGGUAGGCUCGCCUCACUGGGCAGCUCGCGGCUGGGUUUCGCUUUGUAAUCCGUGAUAGUUUGCAAGCCCUGCCACAUCCGAAGAGCAUUAGAGCCAGCGUAGUAGGAUUUGGUCUUAGUCCUGUAUUGAUCCUUUGCCUUUUUGAUGGCUCGUCAGAGGUCGUAGCAGGAUUUCUUAUAAGCGUCCGGAUUAGUGUCCCGCUCCUUUAAAGCAGUAGCUCUAGCCUGUAGCUCAGUGCAGAUGUUGCCUGUAAUCCAUGGCUUUUGGUUGGGAUAUGUACGUACGGUCACUGUGGGGAUGACGUCGUUGAUGCACUUAUUAAUGAAGCCGGUGACUGAUGUGAUAAACUCCUCAAUGUUAUCGGAUGAAUACCGGAACUUUUCCAGUCUGUGCUAACGAAACAGUCCUGUAGCUUAGCAUCCGCUUCAUCGGACCACUUCCGUAUUGAGCACAUCACUGGUACUUCCUGUUUUGCUUGUAAGCAGGAAUCAGGAGGAUAGAGUUAUGGUCAGAUUUGCCAAAGGGAGGGCAAGGGAGAGCCUUGUAUGUGUUUCUGUGUAUGGAGUAAAUGUGAUGAAUAGUUUUGUUGCAUGUAGUUGCACUGAUGACAUGCUGGUAAAAAUGAGGUAAAACAGAGUUCAGUUUCCCCGCAUUAAAAUCACCGGCCCUACAAUAUCAAUAGACAUACAAUUGAAUGUGUGUACAUUCUUCCUUCCAGAUCUUCCAGGAGAUAGGUGCGGUGCAGAGCCUGAAAAGGAUCGUCAUGUACUCCAGCAACGGGACGGCCUGUGCCCUGGCGAAGCGGGCACUGGGGAUGAUGGGGGAGGAGGUGCCACGACGUAUCCUCUCCUCCGUGCCCAACUGGAAGGGUGGUGAGGUGCAGAGAUGGCUCCAAGUUAUUGGAUUCAGCGCUUACACUGAGCGCUUCCAGGUGUGUGUUUCUGUGUCUCAGUGUGUGUGUGUGAGAGAGAAAGAGAGAUAGAGAUAGCGAUUGCAAAAGACAAGGUUUGAACAAUAAAGAAUGAGAAAGCUCUUCUAUAGUCCUUGUAGAGAUGUUGAGAAAAUAAGGUGAAUGUUUGGUUUCAUAUCUAUUAGAUAUGGAUACCUACAGGUAACUGCCAAAAUACUGGAAACACUUGAGUAAAUGAGGGAUACAAAGUACAUUGAAAGCAGGUGCUUUCACGCAGUUGUGGUUCCUGAGUUAAUUAACCAAUUAACAUAUCAUCAUGCUUAGGGUCAUGUAAUGACGUAAAUGUAAAUGUAUAAAAAUGCUAGGCAGGCCAUUAUUUUGGCCAUUAUUUUGUCUACCAUGGUUAUGCCCCCAUAGGAUGACAAUGCCCACAGUCACAGGGCACGAGUGGACACUGAAUGGUUUGAUGAUCAUGAAAACGAUGUAAACCAUAUGUCAUGGCCGUCUCAGUCACCGGAUCUCAACCCAAUUAAACACUUUUGGGAGAUUCUGCAGCGGCGCCUGAGACAGCGUUUUCCACCACCAUCAACAAAACACCAAAUGAUGGAAUUUCUCAUGGAAGAAUGGUGUCGCAUCCCUCCAAUAGAGUUCCAGACACUUGUAGAAUCAAUGCCAAGGUGCAUUGAAGCUAUUCUGGCUUGUGGUGGCCCAACGCCCUAUUAAGACACUUUAUGUUGGUGUUUCCUUUAUUUUGGCAGUUACCUGUAUUUCUCCUUAGCCUCUUGCUCACUAUAUUCUCUCAGUCUUUCUCUCUCCUCUCUCUGCCCAUCCUUCAGGAGCUGCAGGUGGAUGGUGACCUACUGCUGAACAUCACAGACCAGGAUCUGAGCACUGACCUGGGUAUGACCGCAGGACUCACUCGCAAGAGGUUAGUUCAGUCAUCUGUCAAGUUUAUGUCAAGCUUAUAAAACGUCUGCUACACAAGGCAACAUCAGUUAAAUUGAGCAUUUAAAUAAAAUCCCCACCUCACCCUGCCCACUCCAUUUUGUGUUGUCUUCUAGGUUCCUCCGUGACCUGCGUGUGCUGAAGACCUACGCCAACUACUCGACCUGUGACCCCAAUAACAUGGCUGACUGGCUGGGUGAGGUGGACCCGCGCUUCCGCCAGUACACCUACGGCCUGGUGCAGUCUGGAGUGGACCGCAAGAAUGUCCUCCACCUCACCGACCAGCAGCUCCAGUCAGACUGUAACAUUGGUGGGUUGUGAGCCAAAAGACACAUUUACGUUCCCUGCAAGACAAUUAAGCAAUAAGGCCCAAGGGGGUGUGGUAUAUGGCCAAUAUACCACGGCUAAGUGCUGUUCUUAUGCAAGAUGCAAAGCGUAGUGCCUGGAUACAGCCCUUAGCCGUGGUAUAUUGGCCAUAUACUACAAACCCCCGUGGUACCUUAUUGCUAUUAUAAACUGGUUACCAAUGUAAUUAGAGCAGUAAAAAUAAAUGUUUUGUCAUACUCGUGGUAUAUGGUCUGGAAUACCACAGCUGUCAGCCAAUCAGCAUUCAGGGCUCGAACAACCCAGUUUAAAAUAGAGAAAGUAUUCAUUUUUUCCUUCUAGAGAACGGCAUCCACCGCGCCAAGAUCCUGGCAGCCACCCGUAGGCCGAUUAAGCCGUGUCUGACCGAUGCCCAACCCCCUGGACCGGACGUAUUUAUUAGCUACCGCAGGACCACCGGUUCCCAGCUCGCCAGGUAUGGAGAGAGGAAGAGGAAGAGGAAGAGGGAGAGGGAGAGGGAGAGGGAGAGGGAGAGGGAGAGGGAGAGGGAGAGGCAUGGAUAGGGCGAGGAAUAAUAGUCAGGAGAGAGGGAACGCUAGGGAGCUUUGGAAGACAAACACCUUUAUCAGGUUUGUCAGGAUUAUCUGGAGGCUAAGAUCUAUAGAUCGUUACUCUCUCCCCACCUUUUUCUCUCUCCCCCUCUCCUCUCCACUCCCUCUUUCUCCCCUCCCCUCCCUCUCUUCCCCCAGUCUGUUGAAGGUCCACCUUCAGGUCAGAGGUUUCAGUGUGUUCAUUGACGUGGAGAAGCUGGAAGCAGGGAAGUUUGCUGACAAGCUGAUCCAGAGCGUCCAGCGGGCACGGAACUUCAUCCUGGUGCUUUCUGCCAACGCCCUUGACAAGUGCAUGGGCGACACUGGCAUGAAGGACUGGGUACACAAGGUCAGACAUAGACGGAUCUAUACAUAGAUGGGUGCUGCAUACAGAACAAUAUAGAUCCAAUAGUAUACAGCUGCAGCUCUGUCUAGAUGUUCAAAUCAAAUCAAAUGGUAUUUGUCACGUGCUUCGUAAACAACAGGUGUAGACUAACAGUAAAAAAAAAAAUAGAAAAAGUAUAGAAAAAAUAAUAACACAAGGAAUAAAUACACAAUUAGUAACGAUAACUUGGCUAUAUACAUGGGGUACUAGUACCGAGUCGAUGUGCAGGUGACGAGGUAGGUACAUAUAGGUAGAAGUAAAGUGACUAGGCAACAGGAUAGAUAAUGAACAGUAGCAGCAACGUAUGUGAUGAGUGAAAAGAGUUAGUGCAAAAAGGGUCAAUGCAGAUAGUCCGGGUGGCUAUUUGGUUAACUAUUUAGCAGGCUUAUGGCUUGGGGGUGGAAGCAUUUCAGAGUCCUGUUGGUUCCAGACUUGGUGCAUCGGUGCCGCUUGCUGUGCGGUAGCAGAGAGAACAGACUUGAGUGGGCCUUCCUCUGACACCGCCUGGUAUAGAGGUCCUGGAUGGCAGGGAGCUGGGCCCCAGUGAAACUGGGCCAUAUGCACAACCCUCUGUAGCGCCUUGUGGUCGGAUGCCAAGCAGUUGCCAUACCAAGCAGUGAUGCAGCCAGUCAAGAUGCUCUCAAUGGUGCAAUUGUAUAACAUUUUAUGAAUCUGAGGGCCCAUGCCAAAUCUUUUCAGCCUCCUGAGGGGGAAGAGGUGUUGUCAUGCCCUCUUCACGACUGUGUUGGUGUGUGUGGACCAUGUUAAUUCCUUAGUGACGUGGACACUGAGGAACCGAGGAUGUGGAUAGGGGCGUGCUCGGCCCUCCAUUUUCUGUAGUCCAUGAUCAGCUCCUUUGUCUUGCUGACGUUGAGGGAAAGUUUGUUGUCCUGGCACCACACUGCCAUGUCACUGACCUCAUUCCUAUAGGCUGUCUCAUCGUCGUCGGUGAUCAGGCCUACCACCAUCGUGUCUUCAGCAAAUGUAAUGAUGGUGUUGGAGUCUUGCAUGGCCACGCAGUCGUGGGUGAACAGGGAGUACAGGAGGGGACUAAGCACGCACCCCGGAGGGGCCCACGUGUUGAGGGUCAGCGUGGCGGAUGUGUUGUUGCCUACCCUCACCACCUGAGGGCGGCCCGUCAGGAAGUCCAGGACCCAGUUGCAGAGGGAGGUGUUCAGUCCCAGGGUCCUGAGCUUGUUGAUAAGCUUGGAGGGCACUAUGGUGUUGAAUGCUGAGCUGUAGUCAAUGAACAGCAUUCUCACAUAGGUGUUCCUUUUGUCCAGGUGGAAGAGGGCAGUGUGGAGUGCAAUAGAGAUUCUGUCAUCUGUGGAUCUGUUGGGGUGGCAUGUAAAUUGGAGUGGGUCCAGGGUCUGGGAUGAUGCUGUUGAUGUGAGCCAUGACCAGCCUUUCAAAGCAUUUCAUGGCUACAGAUGUGAGUGCUACGGGGCGAUAGUCCUUUAGACAGGUUACUUUGGCGUUCUUGGGCACAGGGACUACAAUGUCUAUGUUGGUGAUAAAAAGUAUACCUGUAGACCUACAUAUGUAUGAAGGAAUGAGUAUACAAUAUUAGACAUAGACAGGCCUCACAUACAGAACACUAUAGAUCCAAUAUACAAUUAUUUUCUAUGUGUAUAAUCCAGUCACCCUGGCCUUUACAUGUCUAGAUGUUCCACCUAUAUGUUGGUGAUAUACAAUAUUAGACAUAAAGAGGUCCCCUCCAUACGGAACAAUGUUACAGUUGAGAGAUUAUUUUCCCCAGAUACCCCUACCCCUUACAUGUGUAGACAUUCCAUGUCUGCGGGGACAUUCUGUGUCUGUCCGUGAUUUAACGUACCUCUCGUAAAUCCUGCAGGAGAUUGUCACUGCUCUGGCUGGAAAGAAGAACAUCGUCCCUGUAACUGAUAACUUCAUGUGGCCUGACCCAAACUCUCUUCCUGAGGACAUGAAAACCAUCCUAAACUUCAAUGGCAUCAAGUGAGUCACAGAGAGAGAUACAGUACCGCAGAAUCUGUUUGAGAAUGAUUGGCAGUUUGCACAUUUAUCUGAAGUGUACUUAUUAGGAAUCAAAUCUAUCUUUCAUUUUCGUUCUCCCUCUUUCUCUCUCUUUCUCCCUCCCUCUCUUUCUCCUUCCCUCUCUCUUCCUCUGACUCUCCCUCUUUCUCUCCCUCCCUCCCUUCCUCUCUCUGGAUACAGGUGGUCUCAUGAGUACCAGGAGGCCACCAUUGAGAAGAUCCUACGUUUCCUUAAGGGCAACCCUAGCCAAGACCUGACUGACUGCCCCAAGACAGACUGCCCCAAGACAGACUGCCCCAAGACAGAUUGCCCCAAGACAGACUGCCCCAAGGGGCCUCAGGGACCACAGAAGAAAUAG